UCGGUAUCUACGUAUCGGUCGUCGUUUAAGGACGAAGGGCCGCGAAAGGAUCGUUCGCAGAUCGUUCGACCAAAAGAUCCUGGCGCGAUGAAGACGGUGUUCGUCAUCCUGGCGCUCGCAGCCGGCGUUCUCGCGGCGCCGCAAAAUCCGAACGACAUCACGAUCGUGAAGCAAGAGGAGUCGAAUAACAUAGGGGUAGGUGGGUACCGUUUCAGCUACGAGCAGAGCGACGGCCAGAAGAGGGAGGAGACGGCGGAACUGAAGAACGAGGGCACCGAAAACGAAAUAAUGAGCGUCGUCGGCAGCUUCAGCUUCAUUGGGCCGGAUGGACACACGUAUAGGGUCGAUUACACCGCGGAUGAGAACGGAUUCCAACCGAAGAUCAAUCUCGUCGCAAAGUAAACAGGCUCGAGGACUGAAGAUACAUCAUCUUAGGUCGUUGACGUACACGCUCGUGUAUUUACACACGAAUUAGAAUACUUCUAAUUGUAUGACACUGCGAGGCACGCGAUUCACUGAUAUGCGAACGGCAAUGGGCUGGCCUCGGUCGCUGAUUCGAUCGAGCUUUCCUGCGAUCGUUCUUUCCUGGCCGAUUCGUUUUCGCGAGUUCCGCGAUAUCUUGCGAUAUCGUGGUAUCUUGCGAAAGGAGAGGAUAUACAUGUACAUCAUUUCUUAAAAUCGACAACAAUCGCGCGAUCGCGUAAUUGGACUAAAUUUCCUAAGAUUUCGCAUCGUCUUCGCUCACUUAAAAUCAAGAAUGAUUCUUCAGACAAUAUCACGAGUGUAAUUAACAAAAUUAUUUCGUUCGAUACUUUUUCUCUUCGAUGCAUUCGCAUGGAGAGCAUCCCGCGAAUGUCGCGCAAUAUCGCGAUGAAUGGGUCAUGUAUUCGCGUCUCCUACGAGUGAAACGCGUGCUUACUCGCAAUAUGCCAAUAUGUAUCAUUCAGUUUCUCGAAACUGCCACUUUGAACGAACACUUUGAACGAGAGACGUCUUUCGUUUACAAUCUCUAUCUUCCACCAGCGAGGCGACGAUGCAGCACUCAUUGGAGCGCCGCGGUACCUGUUUCUCUCACCGGCGCAACCUCUUCUUUUUUUUUUUAAUACAUGUAUCUCAUUAUCUAUUUCUAUAUGUAUCUAUAACAAAGGACAAUUCGUGCAAAUAAACUUGUAUACAUAAAU